UUUACUACUAGUGGGCGUGGCUUCGUAAUCUCGCGCGUAUUUUACCGCGAUCUCGUGGUCCUUUAAAAAUGGUGAGGAAAUUAAAGUAUCACGAGAAGAAGCUUUUAAAGAAAGUCGAUUUUAUCACAUGGAAGAGCGAUAGGGAUCACAGAGAAAUACGAAUAAUUAGAAAAUACCAACUGCAGAAAAGAGAAGACUACACCAAAUACAAUCGGUUAGCUCUCUCUGUGCAACAGAUAACGUCAAAGCUAAAAGAACUAGACUGUGACCAUCCUGAAUCAUUACAAACACAUUCCCGUUUCUAUAGUUACGCCAUGGGAUUGAUUCCAACAAGGAAGAGCCUGGAGUUGUGCGAGAGGAUGACAGCAUCAUCUUUUUGUAAGAGGAGGCUCCCGGUUGUCAUGGUGAAGAUACAUAUGGCCCAAAGGGUAUCUGAUGCUGUUAGAUUUGUUGAGCAAGGACAUGUUCGUGUCGGGCCUGAGAUAGUGACGGAUCCUGCCUACCUCGUCACCAGGUAAGGCAUCCUGUAACCAAUAUACAUGUAUGUCUCCUAC